UCCCCUUCCCCGUUGCCGCCCGCGGCCCGCGCUCUCCAGUCUCCCCAGUCGCCCGUCGCUCGCGCCGCCGCUCCCCUCCCCAGCCGCGACGACGGUUGCGUCGCCGCCGUCCUCCCCAGCUGCGAGCGCUGCCACCGCCCUCCCCAGUCCCACCGCUGCCCUCCCCAGGCGUGAGACGGAGAUUCAACACCCGCGACCGCGACGCCGUGGCUCUGGCAGGCUGGCUUCGUACUAGCGGCUCGCCUCGCCUCGCUCUGCGCCGUCACCGCGCACUAUCCUCCGCUCUCUGUGCGCCGUGCUGCUGUGCCCCGUCUUCUGCUCCGGGACCCGGUCGCCCGCCGUGCCCCGCUCCCCGCUCUGCCCGGCUCGACGUUCUAGGGAUUCAGCCGCUUCUCACCUCUGGAAAGGCAGAGUAGCGGACAUCCCUUUGCAGACUGUAGCACCUCCUCGUCUCGUCUUAUUCAGUGUAAACUUUGCUAGGACUACCCUGGGUCAAAAUCCUGGUUCUGUCUCUGGUGUGAGCAGCGCCUCCCUUUUCUUGGUACCUUCAUCAGCGACGACCAUCCUCCUGGAGUCAAUUUUGAAGUAACAAAGAUUUGGAACCCAGCUCUCUGUUCUCCACCAGCGCUUCGAAGAUGCCGCAGGUAAUGGUGGUGGCACGGAACUUCAUGGAUAUGGUGGCUGCUCUUCCUGCGGGCAAGCUUGAUAUGCUCUAUGACUCAGCCUUUAUCUGUGAGGCAGUACUCAGGUCACUUCCCCCACUGGCAAAGAAGUAUGCACUGCAGAUGUUGUAUGUGUUGGCACCGGUGACCGCUGCAGCAAUGGAAGAGUGGGUGCUCAAUGAAUAUGCUGCCAAGCACAAGGUUGCCAUUGAUAAGCUUCUCCAACUCAGGGUCUUUGUCGAAGUGCGCGACAGGCGACGGGACGUGAGCUACAAGAUGAAUCAGAAGUUCCAGGGAAACAUGCAGAAGUAUUUGGUUGAUGGUGGAAGUUUACCAAGGGAACCUUUACCAUUAAGUGUCACUGGUCGAUUGCCCACUCCAGCAGAUCUGGAAGCCUAUGCUCUUGAUCAAUGGGAGUGCUUCUUGUUGCAAUUGAUCAAUUCAUCCCAAGUCGAAAAAGGGACAAGUUUUAGCUCCUCCAUGAUGAAGACAUUUCAGCGUGGUCUUCUGAGUUCAAGGGACGGUGAAGCUUCAAAGUUGACUGAGAAUGGCUUCCAAUUUCUUCUGAUGGAAACGAAUGCACAACUUUGGUACAUAAUGAGAGAAUACAUUUCAUCUGCAGAGGAACGUGGAGUGGACCCUACGGAACUGAUAUCAUUUCUCUUGGAACUUAGCUUUCAUAAAUUGGGAGCGGCUUAUAGCUUGAAUACUCUGACUGAUGUCCAAAGGAUUGCCAUCAGGGAUCUUGCAGAAUUGGGACUAGUCAAACAGCAGCAGGGUCGAACAGAUCGCUGGUUCAUUCCUACCCAACUGGCUACUAAUCUCUCAGCAAGUUUGUCAGAUUCAUCAUCUAACAAAGAGGGAUUUGUGGUUGUGGAGACAAACUUUCGAAUGUAUGCAUACUCUACUUCCAAACUGCACUGUGAAAUUCUACGCCUUUUUUCAAGGGUGGAGUAUCAACUUCCAAACCUCAUCGUAGGAGCUGUUACAAAAGAAAGUAUCUAUGGUGCUUUUGAGAAUGGAAUAACUGCUGAGCAGAUAAUUUCAUUUCUUAGACAAAAUGCUCACCCUCGUGUUGCUGACAAGAUACCCACUGUCCCGGAGAAUGUCACAGAUCAGAUUAGGCUGUGGGAAACUGACCGCAACAGGGUUGAGAUGAUUCCAUCACAUCUGUACGAAGAUUUUCCUAGCAAGGAAUGGUUUGAACAAUGCUGUGAUUAUGCAAGGGAUAAUGGGUACUUGCUCUGGGAGGACUCUAAGAGAAUGAGACUGAUUGUACGAGGGGAGUUCCACCCUGAAAUGAGGGAGUUCCUCCGCAGGCAAAGAUGAAAAAAGACCUUGUAAUAUUUUUUUUUUGUUUAGCUACCCACAUAAUGUGUUGACAUAUCAUCUGACAUCUUUACUACAGCUGCUAAAAUGUAUAUGAUGCAGAAAAUUCACAAUUAUCUUUAAAGUGACGGUAGUGUCAGUUUGGUAACAAAUUUCAAGAGGGGAUAAGGAAGAUUUCAAGUUUGGGUGCUAAAUUAGGAACAGCUAAUUUUCUUGGUGUCAAAUAAGUAAUUUUCUUUA